AUGCAUACAAGACAUAGCGGACGCUCUUCACCGCUUGCAUUUGAUCCGGAAAUCGAACGAACAACUCGCUCAAAUCGGGUCGCCAGAAGGAACAUCAACACUAUGAGUGUAGAUAACGUUGUCGUGGAAGAUGUGGUCGAGAGGCAUGAGGAUGCAGCCAACAAUCCUCCACCACUAGUUCCACCACCAGCUCCUCAAUUCCCAAACAACAACAAUGGGAAUAACAACAAUGCCGGUGCACCAAUCAUCCAACCAGUGCAACCACAACCGAAUAGAAACAACUGUGGCCAAAAUGGUGGAAAUAAAGGAAAUUGGGCACAAAACAUGGGAGGCAAUGUAGGAAACCACAACGAUGGCAAUGUUAAAAAUCAAAACCAAAAUCCUAGAAAUGUUGGUCCUCAAUUCAGUAAUGGUGGUAAUGGUGGUAACGAGGAUGACUGGGAUUUUGAUGAUGGAACUGACAACAGACUUGGUUGGAAUCAGAACCAUAACGGUUGUAAUAGACGGAAUCAAGGCAAUCAGGGUGGAAACGGGAACUACAUCAAUAAUUGGAACAACCAGAAUUUCCCCAAUGGUAGCAACAAUGACUACAACGAUGGGUUCAGAAAUCAAGGCUUUGGGAAUCAAUAUCGAAGGAAUCCAAAUGGUGGAUUCAACAAUGCAAAUGGAGGAUACUACAACGAAGUUAACCAAUUCCCUCAUCAUUAUUUUCCGCAACCUAAUAGACAAUCCGUGGCGUCUCAUUUUCAGCCGGGAGAGUAUGAUGAUGCUUCACCUAUACUCUUCGCAAAAGGAAAUGAGCACCAUGUGGAAGUAAGACCACAACUAAUUAGUGUCUUACCCGUCUUUAGAGGCCAUAAAACUGAUGAUCCAUACAAUCACCUCUAUGAGUUCCUUGCAAUUGCUAACGCGAAUACUCCGUGA